GUUUGACCUGUGGUCUUCUGGAGCGGCAGAACCUCGCCGAGCUGCUAAGGAGCAGAACGUUUCUUUCUUCGCUGCCCCGAGAUCGCAAGUGUCCUGUGCAUGUGACGUUUCGCUAUGGGAAGCAGCUGUUACAACAUGGUGGUCACUGUGCUGCUGGUGGUGGGCACCGAGGAGGUGAGAGCCACGCGGAACCCCUGUGACAGCUGUGAGGCUGGGACUUUCUGCAGUAAAUACCCUCCGGUCUGCACCAGCUGCCCUCCAAGUACCUACUCCAGCACAGGUGGACGGCCGAACUGUGACAUCUGCAGAGUGUGUCAAGGCUAUUUCAGGUUCAAGAAGCAUUGCUCCUCUACCCACAACGCGGAGUGUGAGUGCGUGGAGGGAUUCCACUGCUUGGGGCCAAAGUGUACCAGGUGUGAGAAGGACUGCAGGCCGGGCCAGGAGCUAACUGAGCAGGGUUGUAAAAACUGUGGCUUGGGAACGUUUAAUGACCAGGACGGCGCCGGCGUCUGCCGACCCUGGACGAACUGCUCUCUAGACGGAAGGUCUGUGCUUAAGAAUGGGACCAAGGAGAAAGAUGUGGUCUGUGGACCCCCUGUGGUCAGCCUCUCUCCGAGUACCGCCCCUACUGCCGUGACUACUCCAGAGAGAGAAUCAGGAGAGCGCCCCUUGCAGGUUCUUACCUUGUUCCUGGCGCUGGCAUUAGUGCUGCUCCUGUUCCUGAUCUUCAUCAUUCUUUGGUUCUCUGUGCCCAAAUGGCUCAGGAAGAAGUUCCCCCACAUAUUCAAGCAACCAUUUAAGAAGGCGAUUAGAACUGCUCAAGAGGAAGAUGCUUGUAGCUGCCGGUUUCCAGAGGAAGAAGAAGGAGGAGGAGGAGGAAGCUACGAGCUGUAAUGUGCCAUCCUAGGAGAUGUGGGGGCCCUCAGGAAACCGAGAAGCACUAAGACCCCCACCCUCCUAGGGAGUAGCACAAGCUACCCCACCCCCCUGUUCUUAAAACCAUCCUAGAUGGCGUUUGAGCACAAACCCCGUCCAAGUCUCUUCUGAUGCUAAUAUAUUUGUUAAUUUUUAAA